CCAUCCUCCUCCCCACCACGAGAACUAGGUCCGUUGUUGCCCACCGCCUGAGAUCUUCAAGCUACGUGCCCGCGAGUUCCCAUUUGGACUUUUGCAAUCAGAGAUUACAGCAAUGGCCUCAAAAUGGAGGGCUACUUCAUCUUGGUAUUGUCACCCAGUAUAUGCAAGAUACUGGCAGCAUUAUCAUCAUGCAAUGCUUUGGAUGCAAAGCCACCAGAAUGUCUACAGAAAGUUGAGGGAUUCCUAUUUCACUUCUCCAUGGUUCUUCCCUCAUGAAGUUCUUCCCUGGAACUCUCUUGCUUAUGAGGCUUGGCAUCCUUGGAACUCUCAAGGCCAGCACAUGGCACGGCAGGAGUCUCCCUACACUGUUUCCCAUCUCAAAAGCCCUGGGCAGCCUCUGCAUAACAGCAAUAGAACCCAGACAUCCACAAGAGAAAAUGAAGCACUGUAUGAAGAGGAAGAGCUGGAGUCAGAUUCAGAUGAUGAAGUGGAGUGCGACCUGAGCAAUAUGGAAAUCACUGAGGAGCUCCGCCAGUACUUUGCACAGACUGAGAAGCACAGAGAAGAGAGACGGCGACAGCAGCAGCUGGAUGCGGAGCGCCUGAAUGACUAUGUGAACGCAGACCAUGGCCUGUACUUCAGCCACCACAGGUCAGUGGAGCCCCCAUCUGAGAAGCCCUGGGAGCGGCGCCAAGCAGAGAUGAAGCGCUUGUAUGGGAACAGUGCUCCCAAGAUCCUGGCCAUGGAGGCUGCUAUGCAGCUGAGCUUUGAUAAGCACUGUGACAGAAAGCAGCCAAAGUACUGGCCUGUCAUUCCCCUGAAGUUCUGAGUCCUGGGCACCGGGACCCUCACGGUUCCUAACCUUUCCCUCAUCAUCUCUCCUGGACAUUUUUCAGAGAAAAAGGCCCAUAUACUGAUAUGGUGGAUACAGUCUGUCAGCCACUUAUAAUUCUGUCAACAAUACUGUUGCCACCACAAAGAGUGUUUACUUGACAUAAAGUGAUAAUUGUAUGUAUUGGACUGGCUCUCAGUUUUCUCUGUAACAGUCCAGUUCACUGAAAUUAUUGCCUAGAGAUACUGCCUAUUGCUUUACAUUUUUAAUUUCCUUCUUUACACUGUCCUGAAUGUCAUAAAAGUCUUAAGCCACAUGUCAUUUGUUGCUACAUUUUUAGACCAGUUUUCAUACAGCACAUGCUAGCUGCAAACUCUUAAAUCGUCCUGCUUCCACCUCCCUAAUGCUAGCUUAUAGGUUUGCACCGCCCACACUGGGCUUCUGUCCACGUAUUUUCUCAGACUGUAGAUCUUCGGAUCCCUCUGAAAACAAUGCAAGUGAACCGUAAGAGAAGUGGCACUUGCUACUCAGCUAGGUGUCAACCCACAUGCUCUAUAAAAGACCUGAGAGUAAAUACUCUGGGCUUGGCAGGCCAUGUUGCCUGUGUCAUAACUGCCUGACCCUGUCUUCAUAGUAUAAAAACAGCCAUUGUUACUGAAUAAAGAAAUGAAUGUGCCU